GCAUUCAGUUUACAGAGUAACCUCUGUCUGUUUCAAACUUCCAACUCGGCACAAGCAAAAUGACGACCACCGAACACCUUUCCUCGCCGACGUCGCCGGGCGUGGGCACCGUUCCCCUCUCGUCCGCUCUCGGCGAGCUACUCCGCUUCGUCCUCUCCUCCCAUCUUACCGCCCCGGAUCCCGCCCUCCCCCUGUCCCCCUCCUACUGCUCGCGCCUCCUCGACGACGACUUGUGCGAGAAACUGGCGGCGGAGCUUGCCGGGUGCAUCGAGGAGGGGCAGCUCCCAGAACCCCCAGUUGGGUCGGGGGCGUUUAGGAUUCCUGCGGAAGAGGACGGGCCGCGUGAGAGGGAUAGGGAGUGGGAGGCGGUCCUUCUAGAGAAGGGUGCCGAGUUGAAGCGGAUGUAUGAUGGAGUGGAGUUUGUGCUACAUGUUCAAGAACCAUACUUCACUCAACUCAGUGCUGGAACCAAGAAUGUUGAAGGGAGAUUAGCAGCCGGUAAUUACAACCGUAUUACACAAGGUUCUUGGUUGCUCUUCAAUAAAUGCCUUUUGCUUGAAGUUGAGGCAGUUAGAAAAUACAGUUCAUUCUUGGAGAUGCUGCAAGAAGAGAUGAUCUCAAAUGUUCUUCCUGGCAUUUUAUCAAUUGAAGAUGGUGUUAAAGUAUAUAGGAAAUUCUACACAGAGGAAAAGGAAAACUCUAGUGGAGUCUUGGCAAUAUCUGUUUCAAAGCCAGCAAGACAACCUUAUGAAACUAUGACAGGGCUUCUUGCUCGAUUAGGUUAUGAUGGAUUAGGUAGACUCCUCGGUCUGGCAAACACAGCAGGAACAGUUCCGGAUGGAGUUCCUCCUCCAAGAUCCGUACUGAUAUCAUCUUGUAUGAAACUACACCAACCAACUGUGAAAGGUUGUUCUUUAACUGAUGCUGCAAGGGCACUGGCCAAACAUGUUCACAGGAGUAGUGAUGGUUGGUGGGGCAGCCUCCAUGGAAGCGAUCUGAACAAGAAUCAACUGGCAUCUGAAGUCAUUCACUGUUUGCUAAGCGACUGUUGUUGGAUGAAUGUUCAUGUAACUCAGCCCUGUGGGCCUGUUUUUGAAAUCCGUGUCCGUGAAGGUUACGGUGCCAGAUGGUCUCAUAAUGGUUUGAAGUGUGUUGCGCAAUCAUGUCACUGUUCCUUGCCACAUGAUGUGCAGUUCAUUGGAUUUUUGGAGCCGUACACUCCAGAAGGUUUUCUCAACGGAUGGAAGCACUAGAAUUCAAUCUGCAUGUUUUACUGCUAUACACUAGCUCACUUGCAUCGUUUAUCCAUUGUCGUAUUUUCUGAAGAAUGCACCCCUGAAGAUACAUAUAUACCUUGUUUAAGGUUGAAGGAUUAGCUUGUUGUAUUUGUAACAUCUGGAGGUCAGACAAAAGACCAUUCUUGUGACAUUUAGUACUUGCGACGUUUUUCAAAAAAUCUUUUGAAUCUUGUGAGUUGUGACAUCUAA